AUGUCUCUCCCCCAGCCCGUUCCCCCCUCAUGGAAGGACCUUGGCAAGUCCUCCAACGACCUCCUCGGCAAGGACUACCAAUUCCACGGUACAUCCCUCGAGGUCAAGACCGCCACCCCUUCCAACGUCACCUUCAAGGUUGCGGGUACCCGCGACUCAAAAUCCUCUGCCAUCCACGGUGACAUCGAGGCAAAGUACUCCGACAAGCCCCAUGGCCUCACUCUCUCCCAGGCCUGGACCACCUCCAAUGCCCUCCGCACUUCCGUCGAGCUCGAGAACCAGAUCGCUAAGGGUCUCAAGCUCGAUGUCGGCACCACCCUCCUCCCCGACAAGGGCACCAAGAACGCCCUCUUGAACGUCACCUACAAGCAGCCUGGCCUCCACUCGCGCGCCGUCCUCGAUGUCUUCAAGGGCCCCACUUUCACCGCUGACACCGUUCUCGGCCGUGAUGGUUUCCUCGUCGGUGCUGAGGCUUCGUACAACGUUACCGAGGGCAAGGUCACCCGCUACGCCGGUGCCAUCGGCUACUCCGCCCCAGAGUACGCCGUCACCCUCCACGGUCUCGGUAACCUGUCCACCUUCGCCGCCAGCUACUACCACCGCGUCUCCCCUGACGUCGAGGCCGGCGCCAAGGCCAUCUACGACACCAAGGCCACCACCCAAGGCGUCAGCCUCGAGGUCGGCACCAAGGCUUACCUCGACUCCGCCGCCUUCGUCAAGGCCAAGAUCAACAACUCUGGUGUCCUCGCUCUCGGCUACACCCAGGCCCUCCGCCCCGGCGUCAAGGCCUCCUUCGGCCUCGCUCUUGAUACCCAACGCCUCAACGAGGCCUCUCCCGCCGGCCCCGCACACAAGGUCGGCGCCAGCUUCGUCUUUGAGGCUUAG